GCCGGCGGCAGUCGCGCGCGGGACGGCGUGCGGGCGCGCGCAUAGCACGUGCAUGGCGGCUGCACGCCCGACUGGAUGCCUCGCGCCCUCGGGGAAUGGCUUCGUCCGAGGAAGAGGCGACUACCGCGGCGAUCCUUGAAGAUGACUGCCUCAGUGUCCGAAAAUGGUGGUGCUUCCUGCUGUCGUCGAUUUUCACGUUCCUCGCGGGGUUGCUGGUGGUGCUGGUAUGGCGCGCGUGCGCGUUCGUCUGCUGCCGCAAGGAGCCCGAGCUGGCCCCGAACGACCCCAAGCAGAAGGAGCAGAAGGCGGCGCGGCAGGGCAAACAGGAGUUCGAGGGCACCUUCAUGACCGAGGCCAAGGACUGGGCCGGCGAGCUCAUCUCCGGCCAAACCACCACCGGACGAAUACUGGUAGUGUUGGUGUUCAUCCUGAGUAUAGCAUCGCUCGUCAUCUACUUCAUUGACGCAUCCAGUGAGGAGGUGGAGCGGUGCCAGAAAUGGAGUGACAAUAUUACUCAGCAGAUCGACCUUGCCUUUAACAUAUUUUUUAUGGUCUACUUUUUUAUACGAUUUAUAGCAGCUAGUGACAAACUAUGGUUCAUGCUCGAGAUGUAUUCAUUUGUAGAUUAUUUCACGAUACCCCCAUCCUUUGUAUCAAUAUACCUGGAUAGAACGUGGAUAGGGCUAAGGUUUCUCAGAGCUCUACGCUUAAUGACCGUGCCUGAUAUUUUGCAGUACCUCAAUAUAUUAAAGACAUCGAGCUCAAUUCGGUUGGCGCAAUUAGUUUCUAUAUUUAUAUCAGUGUGGUUGACCGCUGCCGGCAUUAUUCAUUUGCUGGAAAACUCUGGCGAUCCGUUGGAGUUCGAUAACGCACAGUCGCUAUCGUAUUGGACUUGUGUGUACUUCCUGAUAGUGACCAUGUCCACUGUAGGUUACGGUGAUGUGUUCUGUCACACGGUUCUGGGCAGAACCUUUUUGGUUUUUUUUCUCCUCGUCGGCUUGGCAAUGUUCGCUAGUAGCAUUCCUGAAAUUAUAGAGCUGGUAGGAAGUAGGUCCAAGUACAGUGGCGAGCUGAAGCGUGAACACGGAAAAAGGCAUAUAGUUGUAUGUGGACACAUAACAUACGAAUCAGUGAGCCAUUUUUUAAAAGACUUCCUACAUGAAGACCGAGAAGACGUAGACGUUGAAGUUGUUUUUUUACACAGGAAACCGCCCGACCUGGAGCUCGAAGGCCUGUUCAAGAGACACUUUACCACUGUGGAAUUCUUUCAAGGCACCAUUAUGAAUCCAAUCGACCUACAAAGGGUAAAAGUACAUGAAGCGGAUGCGUGCUUGGUGCUAGCAAACAAGUACUGUCAGGACCCUGACGCGGAAGACGCCGCUAACAUCAUGAGGGUCAUCUCCAUCAAGAACUAUUCUGACGACAUCAGAGUCAUCAUCCAACUGAUGCAGUAUCACAAUAAGGCCUACCUCCUCAACAUUCCAUCGUGGGACUGGAAGCAGGGCGAUGACGUCAUAUGCCUGGCGGAGCUCAAGUUGGGCUUCAUCGCUCAGAGCUGCCUCGCGCCCGGCUUCUCCACCAUGAUGGCCAACCUCUUCGCCAUGCGAAGCUUUAAGACGUCCCAAGAGAUGGCUAUAUGGACUAAUGACUACAUGCGCGGUACCGGCAUGGAGAUGUACACGGAAACGCUAAGCACCACGUUUGUCGGGAUGCCGUUCAAACUGGCAGCAGAACUCUGCUUCACAAAGCUAAAGCUGCUGCUGCUCGCCAUCGAGAUCAAGGGUGAAGAGGGGGCGGACAGCAAGAUCUCAAUCAACCCUCGCAACGCCAAGAUCCAUGCCAACACGCAGGGAUUCUUCAUCGCGCAAUCUGCCGAUGAGGUCAAAAGAGCUUGGUACUACUGUAAGGCCUGUCACGAGGACAUCAAGGAUGAGACCCUCAUCAAGAAGUGCAAAUGCAAAAACUUGACCGCGCACCAGCGGAAGGUUGGAGCCGACCUAGAUGUCGGAAUGAUGAUGAUGCAGACCGGGAUGGUGAAACAAAAUCUUAAUACGUAUCGAGGUUGCCUCGACGAUGACCACCAUCCUCCCCCCACCUUCACGCCGCCAGAGUUGCCCAAGAAGGUCCAUGUUCGAGGUGAAAUCGCAAGGGAACGAGGGGAAGACAUAAGUUUAAUAAACCGGAACCACCGAAGUGCUGCGCCUACUUCGCUUCUCUCCCCGAUGGCCAAUCAGCUCAUGAACACCACUACAACGAGACAGGUCAACAAGGUCAAACCCAACGUCAACAGAGCACCGCCUGAUACGCCAACGAGUAGAAGUAGCGGUGGUAACCAGAACAGCAACGGUGUCAGUUUGCCAGCGGGGCUGGCGGACGACCAGUCCAAAGACUUCGACUUCGAAAAGACUGAAAUGAAAUACGACUCCACUGGCAUGUUCCACUGGAGCCCCGCCAGGAAUCUGGAGGAUUGUAUAUUAGACAGAAACCAAGCGGCAAUGACAGUUCUAAACGGCCACGUGGUAGUAUGUUUGUUCGCGGACCCGGACUCGCCUCUAAUAGGACUUCGGAACCUGGUAAUGCCGCUCCGGGCGUCAAACUUCCACUAUCACGAGCUGAAACACGUGGUUAUCGUCGGCAGCGUCGAGUAUAUUAGGAGAGAAUGGAAGAUGUUGCAGAAUCUACCCAAGAUUUCUGUUUUGAAUGGUUCACCGCUAAGCCGGGCCGACUUGCGUGCAGUUAAUGUCAAUUUAUGUGACAUGUGCUGUAUUCUAUCAGCGAAGGUGCCAUCAAACGAUGACCCAACGUUGGCCGACAAGGAAGCUAUUCUGGCUUCGCUGAACAUCAAGGCGAUGACGUUCGACGACACAAUCGGCGUGCUGAGCGGCGGCGCGGGCGCCAACGGCGGCGCAGCCACGCAGCCGCCGCCCGGCGCGCCGCCCGCACCCGUGCUGCUGCAGCGGCGGGGCUCCGUCUACGGGGCCAAUGUGCCUAUGAUUACUGAGCUGGUGAACGACAGCAACGUGCAGUUCUUGGACCAGGAUGACGAUGAUGACCCCGACACGGAGCUGUACCUCACACAGCCUUUUGCUUGCGGCACCGCCUUCGCCGUCAGCGUGCUCGAUUCGCUCAUGUCUACUACAUACUUCAACCAGAAUGCCUUAACCCUGAUCCGGUCGCUGAUCACGGGCGGCGCCACGCCAGAGCUGGAGCUCAUCCUGGCAGAGGGUGCCGGCCUGCGCGGCGGAUACUCCACGCCAGAGAGCUUGGCCAACAGGGACCGGUGUAGAGUGGGCCAGAUAUCUCUCUACGACGGUCCAUUGGCGCAGUUUGGCGAGGCGGGCAAGUACGGCGACCUGUUCGUAGCGGCGCUGCGGGCGUAUGGCAUGUUGUGCAUCGGGCUGUAUCGCUUCCGAGACACGUCCUCAUCGUGCGACGCCUCUAGCAAGCGAUACGUCAUCACCAACCCGCCUGAUGACUUCUGCUUGCUGCCCACUGAUCAGGUGUUCGUCCUAAUGCAGUUCGACCCGGGCGUGGAGUACCGGUCCCAGCGGCGCGCCGGCUCGGCCACGGGCAGCGGCGGCAAGGACGACGCCUCCUGACUAUUGCUGUGCAGCGCCCUCACCGACGGACCCUACUCCUACAUCUAGAGGGGGCCCGUCCGCAACACUCCGACAAUCCCGCCAGACCUCACCCCUCACCCCGCCCUAACUCACUCAUUCCUCAAAUCCUGCAAAUUCUAAGUUUAAUUUCCCCAAAAUUAAGUUAAUUUUUUUAAUGUGGCAAUUUUCGACACGACGACACAGCACUGCACCGCAAUAUUACACUUGAACUCUUGCACUCUUUGCUGUUAGACGGUUAGAUGUUUCCCGAUUGUUGUAUGUGUUGUGCGACAUCUGACGCGGGACGCGGGCGGCUAUGGACUGAUCUAGUGGGUACCUAGUUCGAGACGGGUUGCUAACUGAGGGUACCACGCGGAAGCAAUGUAAUCACGUCACAACAAACGAUAGAUAUGUACAGGGUGUAAUAAACCCAAAAAAAAAAAACUUUUUAAUGAAUGUUAGAGCUUUCGGUGUCUCUUUAGUGGUGAAAUAAUUAGAAAGAUCGACAGCAAUGUCGAAAUGCCAACUCGUAGAUAUUGUGAACCAGUUCAUUUCACUCUGUAUGUGUCUAUCUGUAUAAGGGCACACUGCAUAUUUGGUUCUAUUUUCCACGCGAAACAGACGUUUAAUAAAUUGGUUGAAAGUUAUUGCUAAUGGAUUUGUGUAAGUAAAAUUGUGUAAUUAUUUUAAAUGGAGAUGAAAAGCUCAAUAUAAAGGAACCUUUUAAACUUUUAAUUGCAUGAUUAGCAACGGACUCGAAGCCAGUGUCGACGGUACUGCAUUCUUUGUAGUGGAUGUAUCUCUUUUUUCUAGAUUAUCCAUUCCUUACCCUACUCAGUAGAUUUAUCUUUCUUCUCUUUUACUCUCACUCACAUACGCUACUUAUUUCUUGAAUCUUAUGUAAUUUAAGCAUUUAAAAUACUCAUUGACUGAUUGAAAUAUUGUUAAGCACUUCAUACAUCAACUAAGGUUGGGAUACUCGACAUUAUGUUACAUUAUGCUUAAGUUUAGUUAUAAUUUUAUUAUUUCACAUGGGAUAUUCCAUCAUAUUUUAUGGUUUAGUUUUAAGAUUUCUUUACAAAUUAUUUUGUUUUCAUAAUACUUAAUGCACCUUAGGUAGAAGGCAUAUGAUUCCAUUGCUCACAUUUUUUUUUCUGAUUUUCUUUUGUUUUUAAUUUUAAUGGGUAGAUUUAUUAUGGUGGUGGUUAGAUACGAUUGGGUUAUAUUUUCUGUGUGGGCCUUUCUAAUACGCAUUUGAUGCAAAUUUUAAUUCCGUCUACGCAAGAAAUAUCAACGCAAUGGUUUUUAUGAUUUAUAUUAUCAUUUUAGUGCCACAUUUUGUUUAUUUUUUUAAUAAAACUUGUUUAAUUUUA